UUCUUCUUCUCUUCUCUGCUUCAUCUUCAUCCUCUAUAUUCUGAAAUUCUCCAAAAUAUUUUAAAGACAAUUCUAGAACCUGAUUUGACAAUAAAACAAUUAGCCAACACAAGCAGAUGAAAAACCAUUUAGUUAUCUGUGAAACUACCAAUAAAAAGCCAGAUUCCACAACAAGGAGGACAAUUUUCAGAGGGAAAUCCGGUAUCAGGUCUAGUAACUGUUGGAUUCUUCGCCAUUUCAAGAAAUGACAAAAACUAGACGAUAUAAUGACCCCUUAAAGCUGCCGUACAAAACCCCAUAACAGUCCAGCCAAUUCACAGCAAGCAGCUUCGAAAGCCACUCCACCUAUAUAUGCAGCCACUACCAUGAACCACCACAUUUCAAUUCGCCUUACUCCGAUCCUCAAACCCGACCCGAACCCAAAAUGUCGCUCCCGCUUAACUUAGCACCUGACGCGGCGAACCCGAACUGGCUGAACAAAGCCGACAACGCGUGGCAGCUAACAGCCGCGAUUCUUGUGGGCCUCCAGAGCGUACCGGGCCUAGUUAUUCUGUAUGGAAGCUUCGUUAAGAAGAAAUGGGCCGUGAACUCAUCCUUCAUGGCUCUCUAUGCUUUUGCGGCUGUACUUGUUUGUUGGGUCGGGUGGGGCUACAAGAUGUCAUUCGGUAAACAAUUCAUACCGUUUCUCGUCGGGCUACCCGAAACCUCGCUGGACGAGAAGUUUCUGCUGGACCGGGCUUUUACAGGGUACUUGCCAAACGCGACGAUGAUUUACUUCCAGUUCGUAUUCGCGGCGCUGACGUUGAUUUUGAUUGCGGGGGCUUUGCUUGGGAGGAUGAAUUUUCAUGCGUGGAUGUUGUUUGUGCCGAUCUGGUUGACCACCUCGUAUACGAUUGGGGCUUACAGUAUAUGGUGUCCGGACGGGUGGUUGUAUCGGAAGGGUAUUAUUGAUUACGCCGGUGGGUUUGUGAUUCACUUGUCUUCUGGUGUGGCUGGCUUCACUGCGGCUUUUUGGGUGGGACCAAGGGCAAACAAGGACAGAGAGAGUUUCCCGCCAAACAAUACCCUGUUUAUGCUGGCAGGGGCGGGCCUCCAGUGGAUGGGACAAAGUGGAUUCAACGGCGGUGAUGCUUACAUGGUGGGCACAGACGCAUCUCUGGCCGUCCUUAACACCCAUGUGUGCACUGCCACGAGCCUGCUCACUUGGCUCUUUCUUGACAUUCUCUUCUUUGGAAAACCCUCUGUAGUUGGUGCCACUCAGGGCAUGAUCACUGGCUUAGUUUGUAUUACACCUGCAGCAGGUGUGGUGCAAGGCUGGGCAGCCAUUAUAAUGGGAAUGAUGUCAGGCAGCAUCCCAUGGUACACAAUGAUGAUCCUCCACAAGAAGCUCUGGCUACUCAACCAAGUCGACGACACAAUGGCCGUCUUCCACACCCAGGCAGUGGCCGGAACCCUAGGCUGCAUCCUCACUGGCUUCUUCGCCGAGCCCAAGCUGAGCCGCCUAUUUUACUUGGUCGACCAUUGGGAGCACUAUAUCGGCCUCGCCUACGGCCUCCAGAGUGGCCGCAUCUGCGCUGGAUUGAAACAAAUGAACAUUCAAUUAAUGGGGAUUAUGUUUAUCGUCGUUGUCAAUAUUAUCACAACCAGCAUUAUCUGUUUGUUGAUCAGGUUUCUGGUUCCGUUGAGAUUGAGUGACGAUGAAUUGCAAAUAGGAGAUGAUGCAAUUCAUGGAGAGGAAGCUUAUGCUUUGUGGGGUGACGGAGAAAAGUUUGAGUCGAAGAACAGUUGGACUUAUGGUGUUGAAGAGUUGUCUCCUAUGGCCUCGAAGAGUGAAGUUGAAAUGGCUUGAUUUGGAGGGUCUGGCUCUGUUGUGAUUGUUUUGCUCUGUUUUCUUCCAUUUCUAGUUUACUCGGUCUUCCCUUUUCAGUUAUAGGAGAUUAUUGAGCUUUUGGUUUGACUUUGACGCUGCCCGAAAUAGUAAUAAC